GAGUCGCUCUGCUGGUCUAAGCUACAGCAGGUCAACAUAUUCAGUGCAAGAGGCGGGACUAUAUGCAGGGAAGAUGAGCUGUGGACUCAGUGCUGUUCUGUGGUCUUGAUUACAUCGAUGAGGAGCUGACUGACCGCCACACAGACAUGGUCACACGUGGAUUUUUGUGGGUGAGAGGACCCACUGCCCACCGGGUGGAUUAACGGAUCGUCGCAUGGGUGUGUAUCGGCGUCCCGGACUGCUCCACUCUCCUUCUCACUCCGGGACCCGGCGAUGCGCUCUUUAAAGGAAACGGGUUUUGCAGAGACAUCCGGAAAACGCAUCCAUGCGCCACGGCCAGUCUGCAUCCCGAUAUGUCUCUGACAUCACAAAGCCUGGUUUCAAGGAGCUCCCAUAAGAAACCAGAUAUGCAAUCCGGAAUGGGUGCGUCAACACGGUUAUUUUGCGGAUGACGCUUUGGAGUGCAGUUGUGCAAUGAGACAAUUUGGAAUUAUUAAAUAGACUUUAUUGGUAGGCGGCAACACAAAAUUCGACAACAUGGCUGAUCAGAGCAACAUCCAGUCCUCCGCCUCCAAGAGUAUCCGGCCUUUUAAAUCCAGCGAAGAAUACCUGUAUGCCAUGAAGGAGGAUCUGGCUGAAUGGCUGAACACCCUGUACGAUUUGGAUAUCACUGCGGACACCUUUAUGGAUGGGCUGGGGACGGGCUGUGCCCUCUGUCGGCACGCCAACAACGUCAACCGCGCCGCGCAGGACUUCCAGCUGGAGUACCCGGAGGCUGCAAACUCCAUGAAGGUGCCAUCUAAAGAUGUGGUCUUUCAGUCACGCAAUGUUGUUCCUGGCUCGUUCGUGGCGCGGGACAAUGUGUCCAAUUUCAUCAGCUGGUGCAGGCAGGAGCUCUGGAUCAAGGACGUCCUCAUGUUUGAGACAAAUGACUUGGUGGAGAGAUGCAACGAGAAGAAUUUUGUUCUGUGUCUCCUUGAGGUGGCGCGACGUGGGUCCAAGUUUGGCAUGUUGGCCCCCAUGUUGAUCCAGUUGGAGGAGGAGAUCGAGGAGGAGAUCCGGGACCAGGAGAGCCUGCGGAUUGAUGCAGGGGAGCCAGUUGAGCAGAGCCCUCCCAGCAGGUGUUUCAGUCGGAAGGAGAGCAGUCAGAGUGUGGAGGAUGAAGAUGAACCUGAUCCAGAGCCGUUCAUCUGGCCGCAGAAGAGGGUUUUAUGUGACAUGCGCAACUUGGAUGAGUUGGUGCGUGAGAUUCUGGGCCGGUGUUCCUGUCCAGCUCAGUUUCCCAUGAUCAAGGUGUCGGAGGGGAAGUACAAAGUGGGAGACUCCAGUGCAUUGAUCUUCAUAAGGGUCCUUCGUACUCAUGUGAUGGUGCGUGUUGGAGGGGGCUGGGACACAUUAGAGCACUAUUUGGACAAGCAUGACCCAUGUCGCUGUGCUGCUUUUGCCCACCGCUACCACCAGACUAAAGCCAGUGGCCAAGGUCAGGGAGCUCAGAGCAAGUCCUCGAGCGCCCACUCCUCCCGCUCCACCAGCCCAGGUCCACACUGGCGAAAUGAUGGCAUCGCACCUUACAAACCUCCAGACAGGCGCUCCUUGGAGCCCCCCUCUGCUCCAUGUCCCUCUUCUUCCUCCACACGGCCUGGCCGCUCACAGAACCCGUCUGUCACCACCGAGCUCGACUCUGGCGCAGCACGCACUCUACUCCCACGGCCGCCCCGAGACCGCUCAGAACCUCGCCACUUUAAUCCUCUCAGGAAUAAGGAGACAAAGUUGCCAGUGACAAGACGUCUGUCUGGAGACAGUGACUCCUCUACAUCCUCCUCUAAGGGAGGAGGAGGAGGAGGGGGACGGUACUCUCAGGGUGGUGCCUCACGACGCUCUGGUGAUGAAGUAGUCCUGCUUGUCAAUCGCAAGGAAGGGAAGCAUGUGAUAGAGAGGCCUGGUGCUGGAAAUCAGACCCCAUCCCUGCGUCCCUCACUGCCCCGUGCUCGCAGUCAAUCUCGGGAACGUCCUGCUCUCGCUCCAAUACUCAAACCGAACCCACCACAAGGAUGCGCUGAUGGAUCGCGAACAACCCGCACAGAGAGAGGCCGCUCUCUCGGAAACGAGGGCCCAAGGAGGCUCCAUGCUCAACGUUCCCACAGCCAGAGUAAGUUAACCUGCCGUACUCGGUCCAGUGAUGCCAGCCCAGGACCCACUUCCUGCUAUAGAGACCCUCAGCCCCCACCUCCGGACAGACGAGAGGACCUUCGGGGCAAACAAUUGCCCCCAUCCUCUCCCAGAAUAGGUGGUGGGUUCACCAAAAGGCAGUCGUCCUCAUGCUCUAACUCGCCUAUUAAAGGGGUCCAGAACAACAACAGCAGCCCCAGCAAAAAAAUUAUAACUACUCCCAGACCCCCUGCACCUCGCUCACCCUCCAUAGGAAAAGGCAGACUUCUGCCACCAGUCACCUCAGGAGGGCGACGUUCACCUCACUCAACUCCCCGCAACUCUCACCAUCAUACUGCCCGCUCCCCUCGGACGUCACAGGGCCCUCGCUCUGCUGGGCGAGGCCACCAUAGAACCUGGUCUGGCCUGGAGUGCCAGGAGCCCGAGGAGGAAGGACUGGGCCUUGGCUUCCAGAUGUUGCCAACACUAGACCCGCAGAAAGAGCUGGACUUGUAUCGCAGUUUUGAGGCUGAGUUUCUGGCCAAUACACAGCAGGCUAGAGGAGUGUCUUGUAGAGCCCCAGAAAGAGCGAGCCUGCAGGGAGCUGGGACACAUUUAGUACCAGCACCCACUGACCCUAAUGUCACUGACUCUGCCUAUUCCUCCUCUAACUCUUCCACCUCCUCCCUGAACGUGGGCGCAAAGAUAGGAACUCUGCCUGACCUCAGGGAAUCCAAGAGAACUAAUUCCCGUCACUUCCCACUGGAGGACCCCUUAAAUUUACUUCAUGAACACAAUUUUGGAGGACCACACAACUUAAGACAAGGAGCGCCUGAGCACUGGGGGGAGCGUGGAAGGGGUCUCAAGAAGCUCCCAGCCAUCUCUAGCUCCAUCGAGGAGAGAGAACCUCCAUCCUCCCUGCCUGGUCUUGUAGACACAGACAGAUUGAUGAAUCAGGUCCCCUCACAACCUGCUUUCCACUGUAGGAAUAUGAAUGGAGACCAUGGAGGUUGUCCUCCCACAGGGGGGCUGACAGGUCAGCAGGGUCAGCUUGGCUGGGGCACAGGACCUGAAGGAGAUGUUCCUCUGGAGAAUCACCAGCCAAACCUCCCUCAUGACCUAGAAAAUGGUGACAGCAGUGACGACCUCCCGCCCCCAGAGGCUUGUCCGUCACCUGUGCCCCUUCCCCCCUCUGAGGACUGCUCCUUCCAGGAUUCCUCUAGUGAAACCUCUUCCAUGUGCUUCAGCCUGAGCGAAUCACGCUCUGAAUCCCCCCCACCAUCUUCACCCCCGCCCAACGGGGACUCCGAAGGAGAAGGGCUGCAGACUAAGAAAGGGCAAAAGAAGGCAGACAGCGUAGCCCCUAUCUCUAAGCACAAACUGAGAGGCAGGGUGAGGCCUCGCACUGACAACAGGCCAGAAAACAGCCCAUCACGUAUCCCCACUCCGGUCAGCUACAGAGAUCUGCAGGCUUACGACACGUUUUCCCCAAACCACACCCCACCGCUGUCCCCUCAGAGCUCGCGCUCUACUGGUCGUACAGCCACAUGCAAGAGCCUGCAGCAGGCUUUCACGGAUAUGAUCCAUCCUCAACCACGUUCCCCAGCAAUGGGCAACAAAGAUUGCUCCUACCCUGGACAGUCAGGGAGCCUGAAGCUUGGAUGUAGCACAGAUGACACAGGGGGUUGUUGUCAUGAAAAAACUUUGACUACUGUGUAAAAAAAGACUUGAGAUUGGGCUAUAGACUUUCAUUGCAUGUCUAACACUCCUUCUUUUUCACUUGGUUUCUCCUCUUAAUACCUGCAGGGGGUUCAAAUUGCUUUUAUGUUGCACUCAAGCCAAAUUAUUUAUUACCAAAGGAAUGGUCUUUAAUAUUACUUUUACUGUCUUUUAAUGUGUGCAUGGGGAUGCUUUUGCCAAUCAUACGGUUUGUUUUUGCAAAGACACUUGUGAAAUUCUAAUGGUUGAUACAGAGAGAUGGAGAGAGAGCAUAUGUGCUGCCAUGUGCCCCACUGAGGGGCAUGGUGAAGUGCCAGGGAUUUUAAGCUGCAACUCUAUAAACAGUGUCAACACUAAAUCUUUAGUCAGAUGGAUUGGCUCCCUCUUGUGGUUUGCCACAGCAUCUCUGCUUGCCUUGAUAGUCAAAAUACUGGUGACUGUGAUAUUUUCAGUCUCUCCAUAGUUGGUUGUUUCAUAUAGGACUCAGUAUACUCACAUUUACAAAAUACUAAUAGGUAACAUAGACAAAGGUACCCACAUCAUUCCUCUGACAUUAUGAACACUACAUGCACUACCAAUCUCUGUAAAGUGGUCUGCUGUUAUUUAUGUAUGAUGCCACCUUUUCACAACAAUUGAUGUAGUUGAAAUAGAUAUGUUUUAAAUGCUUACAGGUGUUCAAGAUUCUGUUUAAUGCAGUAAAACAUGUUAACUUUAUUUCUACUCUUACAUGGAUUAAAUGAAAAAAUAUGAGGAGCAGUGAAGGUUGUAUUACUUUGUGUCAUUGUCACUGAAACAGAAAUGUUGGAAGCUACUCCUCUGACCAAACUGUACUCUGGAAUACAAUGCUACAUAUAUACACAUGUCAAAGGCUUAGGAAAAUGAAUGUGUAAAUACAUGUUGAUGUACUCACUGAUACAUGUGGGUAUUGUGUAUAUAAAAAGGCAUUGAAUAUACAGUUUAUUGUACAUAUCACUGUAUCAGUUCUGUGCUGCCUUAGCUAUGCAAUAUUGGUGUUGGAAAUGCCUUGACAAUUCCCUUUGCCUUAAAAUGUAUUCGCAGGUUAGUUUUUGAAUGUUUUUGCUCAACAUCACUAAGAUCUAUUCGUUAACACUACAUUGUCAUCAUUAACUGUUUAUGACAAUAGAAAUUGGAGAGUCGAGUGUGAAUGUGGAAAUAAGCAAGGAACAUUGCCAAUUUUAAUCAUUAUACUUGAUGUAGGUGUACAAUUCAUGAUAAAGAUAUAUAAUUUAUUGCCUCUGAAUACUAUUAGUUGUUUUGAAACACAAGAAGCCAGAUAACCUACUUAGCAGAUGGAUUUCAAAGACACGGCACAAUCUGUGGUGACAUCUAGUGGCUAAAGAAAGACAUGUUUUAUUAACAGUAAAAAGAGACACUUUUCUGUUUUUGGAAUGACGUGUUCUGGGGCUGAUUAGAGCCAAUAACAAUGCUAUUAUGAAGGGAAGUUUGAUGAAUGAAGAAUGACUUUGACUUGAGUGUCUGAAUGUGUGCAACAGUGCAUGAAUAAUAGAUACUGUAACUGGAUAUUAGCGUUCUCUUGUGAAGCUCUUGCACAGUUGUCAAGCGUAUGAGAGGCCAAACCCCAGCGACAGUACUUCUGUACUUUGUAAAAUAUAUUUGAAAGUGGAAAAGUUUGACUUGUUGUCAAUUAAGAGAAGUUGGUGGCCAUUUGUUUUUGAUGUGUUUACAAUGGUUGUUUCAGUAAAAAAUACAAUUUCAGUAAAAAAGAAAAGCAACAUUUGUGGAUAGCAACUUUUUGCAGGGCACUGACAGUAAAUGGACUAGAAAAAAAGAAGUGUGUGCAUGUACUUGUGUACAUAUGGUAUGAGAAUAUGUACAGAGUUGGAGUGAAGAGGGGAGUGAUGUAGGUCUUAUUUAUUUAUUUAUGAAAUUAAAUCUCAUUUUGGGCUCAAGUGACAUCUGUGUCCCAAGUAAAGUUAAAUGAGCUGUAAGUGUUUAGGGAAAUCUAAAUGAGGUGGGGCCCAGUGAUGUACAAACAUCAGGCAUUUUAAGAUUUGUUUCUCAACAGUAUACUGUAAAGAGACAUAAUCCAUUGCCAGUUUAAAAACUGGUAUGAAACAGACCAACUAAACACAUUUUUGCAAUAUUCAGAGAUACAGUAAUAUGCACACCCCUAAUUGCAACAAAUAAGUUAUAAUGUGUCAGUAUUGUUAGAGCUACAUAUGUAGCUGGUUAUCAGUUUCCCCUGUAUGAACAGAUUUGUACAUGCAUUCUAGUUGUUUUACAUUUGAAUUUGUUUUGGCUUAUUUGAAGACAUUUGCAUUUUGAUCAAUUGGUGUUGAAAAUGCACCAGUUAUGUAAACUGUGACUUCAUACAAACAUAUGGUGACAUUCAUACAAAAGAGUGCUAAUCUGCUCUUUGUCCUGCACAACUUUGCAAACGUCAUGAAUCUCUCUCUCUCUCUCUCUCUCUCUCUCUCUCUCUCUCUCGCUCUCUCCUUCUCUCUAUCCCUAAUUAGCGAAAUCUGAAUGUUCAUGAUUCGACAAUUUCUUGUUUGCUAAUGUUAUUUUCAAAUGUACAGAUUGCUUGACAUUGUGGAAUUUGUAUGUAUGAAAUAGCAAUACUGCAACAUUUCACAGUUUUUGUUGUUGAAAAUGCUGUCCAGUUGUUCUUGUAAUAAACAUUUUCCUCUGAGGUU